CCUGAAUGAACUCAAUCAGGGGCAGACUGACAACUCAUGGGACUCCCGGGCAUUACAUUCACUAUAUCCGGUCACCCCGGACCCUGCAUUCACUAUAUCCGGUGUCCCCGGACCCUACAUUCACUAUAUCCGGUCUCCCCGGGCCCUGCAGUCACUAUAUCCGGUCUCCUCGAACCCUACUUCUCUAUAUCCGGUCUCCCCUGGACCCUGCCUUCUCUAUAUCCGGUCUCCCCCGGACCCUGCCUUCUCUAUAUCUGGUCUCCCCGGACCCUGCAGUCACUAUAUCUGGUCUCCCCGGAUCCUGCAGUCACUAUAUCUGGUCUCCCCGGACCCUGCAGUCACUAUAUCUGGUCUCCCACAGUACACAGAACAUGGAAAUGCAAUUACUUUAGUAAAUAUAAACUGCUAA